CUCUCCAGGGUGUCGCGCAAGUCAGCCUCCCCACACUUCGCUCCAAACUUUUGGCACGCAUGUGCUCCUCCGGACCCAUUUUACAUCGCAUUUAGAUGCAUUUUCGAUUCAGGUUUAUUUACGAUUUAAAAUAGUCACAAUCCUACUCCUUCAUACGUCUUUUAGAACUUUGAACACCUUUCCCUGCUGAUUCGUCUCAUUCCAGCAGACGAAUGCAGUAGAAUUUAAAAAAAAGGAUGACGGGUGUCUUGAUAACGUGCCUAGUCCUGGUGCUAUGUAGCAGCGUGCAAAGGCUCCGGGCAUCCCCCGCUUUGGAGGAGGGCAGCGGAUCGGAUGGGAGCGCCUCGACCCUGGCCUUUGUGUUUGAUGUGACCGGCUCCAUGUACGACGACCUCAAACAGGUGAUCGAUGGCGCCUCGCGGAUCCUGGAAAAGACCCUCAACCGAAGGACCAGACCCAUCAAAAACUUUGUGCUGGUUCCGUUCCAUGAUCCAGAUAUCGGUCCAGUUUCCAUCACCACUGACCCUAAAAAGUUUCAGCAGGAUCUUCAAGAGCUGUUUGUUCAGGGUGGAGGUGACUGCCCUGAGAUGAGUGUUGGAGCCAUUAAGAAAGCCUUGGAGGUUUCUCUUCCUGGAUCCUUCAUUUAUGUCUUCACCGAUGCAAGAGCAAAAGACUACCGCCUGAAAAGGGAUGUUCUUCAGCUGGUGCAACUCCGUCAGUCUCAGGUGGUUUUUGUGCUGACUGGAGACUGUGGUGACCGCUCUCAGCCCGGCUACAAGGCCUAUGAGGAGAUUGCGGCCACAUCCUCAGGGCAGAUCUUUCAUCUGGACAAGCAGCAGGUCAAUGAGGUAUUGAAGUGGGUCGAGGAAACUAUUCAGGCGAUGAAGGUCCAUCUACUGUCCUCAAACCACGACAGUGCCCAGGAGAACCUUUGGGAAGUGCCCUUUGACCCCAGCCUCCGUGAGGUCACUGUGUCACUCAGCGGGCCCUCUCCGCAAAUUGAGCUCAGAGAUCCCCUUGGCCAUGUGGUAGGUGUUGAGCAGGGUCUCAAAGAACUUCUGAACAUUCCUAACUCUGCUCGUGUUGUCAACCUGAAGUUUCCCACGCCUGGAGCAUGGAACCUGAAGGUUAGCUGCAGUGGUCGUCAUACCCUGAGGGUCACAGGAGUCAGCAAUCUGGAUUUCCGUGCUGGCUUUUCAAGUGUUCCUGUUAAAGAGUUCAACCAUACAAGGGAGAGACCAAUAAAAGGACUGCCAGCGUAUGUUUUGCUAAAAUGCACAGGCCUAAAACCACCAGGUCACCUGAGUCAUGUCGAGCUUAUGUCUGGCUCGGGACGUUCCCUGAGCACCAUCCAGGUGCCUCUGCCCUCUGACCUUGGGCAACUUGGGCUGUGGAGUGUUCCAGAGAUACGAACCCCUUCCCAGAGUUUCUUCAUCAAGGCAACAGGCAGAGACGAGGAGGGCUAUCGAUUCCAGCGACUGUCGAGUGUUUCGUACACCAACAUAAUUCCAUCUCCCCCAGCUGUUAACAUGCCUGAUGUGGUGAAGGGUAUCUACAUGCAGCCUGCUAUGAUUCACUGUUCAGUGGAGAGCGAUAUACCUUACAGGCUAAGAUUUGCAAGAAGUGGAAGAACUCUGGGGGCGGAGAAAUUCUUCAAGAAAUCUGCCGCUGCAUCUUGGGAGAUUGAGCAUGCUUCAGCAGAGGAUGAGGGCUUCUAUGAGUGCAUAGCACAAAGUGGUGCAGGACAAGGACAUGCCUUAACCCAGCUGACUGUUACAGAGCCUCCGCCUGUACUCAAGCCAGCAGUCAAUGUGACUUCCUUAGUUGGAAGUGUGGCUGUGUUGACCUGUAAAGUAGAGGGCACCAUGCGCUACAACCUGACCUGGCAUCGAGCAGGCCGCGCCAUCCGAGCUCGUUCAGGGAGGGUGAGGCUGCUGUCUAACUCAUCCCUGCAGAUUAGCAGCGUGCAGCUUCAGGAUGCUGGAGCUUACUACUGCGUAGCCUCAAAUGCCCAUGGAGACAGCAGAACCACUGUAUGGCUCUUCGUCCCAGAGGGACCUUCUGUGGUACUUCACCCCCAGAGCCAGGUCUUUUCCCAAGGGGAUGAAAUCCGGCUUGUCUGCUCAGCAUCCGGCUCUCCCCCUCCCUUGCUCUUCUGGAGCCAUGGAAACACGUUCCUUGCUAAUCGGCCGAGGUUGAAUCUACACCAGCAAGGAGUUUUGACCAUAACAGGGGCUAUCCCGGAAGAUGCUGGGAACUACACAUGUCUGGCAAGCAAUUUGGCUGGGACUGCCUCACAGUCUGUCUUGCUUACUUAUGCAGAGGUGCCUAUUAUAACAGUGGAGCAGCAGGUCCUACUUGUAGCUGUCGGGGAUGAUGCUACUCUGCAGUGUCAAGCCAGUGGUACCCCCCUUCCUCUUGUCCAUUGGUUUAAAGGGAAACUUGAGGUGGGCUCCGCCCCCUUUGUUGAGCAGGAUGUCCACCGCGGGACCCUGCAUAUUCGAAGGGUGCAGGAUGUCGAUGCUGGUCAAUACAGCUGUGUGGCCAGCAGCCCUGCUGGGACUUCCUCUGGUACAGUCAGUCUGCAGGUUGGAGUGGGACCUUCGUUCUCUGAUACACCGGUUGACAUGGCAGCUAAUGUAGGGGAAAACAUCACCCUUCCCUGUGCCGCUCGAGGUUUCCCACAACCAACCGUGACCUGGUACACUCAAGAUGGUAGACACAUUCCCGCAAGGACAGACAACCACGGUAGAAAAAUGCAGCUGGAGAAUGGAUUCCUUCUGAUUCAGAGUGUCUGGCUGGAUGAUGAAGGGCUGUACACCUGUGAGGCCAAGAAUCAGUUUGGAACCAUCAAAGCUGAGGCCAGAGUUACGGUCACUGGACUGGAGCCCCCUCUCUUAGCCCAAAGUGCCUCCAUCAUGACUACUGGCAUCGGGCAGUCUUUGAGUAUCCCGUGUAUGCUGCUGGAUGGCAUACCUCUCCCAGAAAGACACUGGUCACUAAAUGGGAAACAUGUUCAAUUGAACGGGAGAAUGUUUGUGAGGAGUGAUGGAAGUUUGUACAUUGAAAGAGCUGUCCCAGAGGAUUCUGGGGCAUAUGUUUGUACAGCAAUGAAUGUAGCAGGCUCUACGAACAUUACAGUCAUCUUGGAGGUCCAUAUGCCCCCAGAAAUCAAAGCCGGGCCCUACCGCUACAUAGCCAACGAGGGCGUAGCCAUCACAUUGUCAUGUGAGACGAGUGGCAUUCCUAAACCAGUUGUGGUCUGGUCCAAGGGAAGGCAAGCUGUGCCUCGGGGCAGUUCCUCGCUUCAGGCUGACCCCGAUGGACACCUCCACAUCCCUCACCCAACCACUGACGAUGCAGGAAUCUACAUCUGUACUGCCACUAGUUCUGUGGGUUACGCGAGUCGAGAAAUCCAGCUCAGUGUUAACACAAUACCUAAGAUAGUGGGUGCGAGUGACCAUGACAACAUAGUAAAAAUGGCUGCAGAGGUGGGAGCUGAGGUAGUUCUACCUUGUGAGGCCCAGGGGAGUCCGACACCACUUGUCACCUGGAACAGAAACGGUCAGCCCAUCCCCCCUGUCACAGCAGGGUUCACUGUUUUGCCCUCAGGCUCCCUGAAGAUAACUGAUGUACGCCUCAUUGAUAGUAAAUUGUACACGUGUACUGCAGAGAACCCAGCCGGCAAUGUGUCCUUAAGCUACAAUUUACACAUCCAAGCCAAGCCCAGGAUUCAGCCCGCACCCCCGCUACUGAAAGCCUUGGUGGGACAAACAGUCACGCUCCCAUGUGUGGUCCAGGGGGAGCCGAGCCCAGAGGUCAAUUGGUUUCACAAUGGUCUUCCUGUAGGGAUCAAGGACACGUCACCCUUUAGGAUCCAGCACGUCAGCAUGGCUGACAAAGGAACUUACCAAUGCGUGGCUCGCAACAGCGCUGGACAGGAGACUUUGGAGAUCAUGCUGGAAAUUCUUGAGGCCCCGUCUUUUGCAGAACCAGGAGAAGCAGUCAUGGAGAAAAUAGCUAACAGCAAGGUCAUCAUCCCCUGCCCAGCUGAAGGCUCUCCACAUCCCAAGGUGCGCUGGUUCAAAAAUGGCCUGGAGAUACAUCCUGGACAAUCAGAGUUAUCUGUGACGAGGGAUGGAGCUCUUGUAAUUAGCAGAGCUUCUGCCAGUCACAGUGCUGACUUCAAGUGUGUGGCGACGAACGAGGCGGGCUCUGUCGACAGGAAGACCAGAUUGAAAGUGAAUGUUCCGCCUGAAAUCCAAGAUGAUGGCCAGGCACACAACCUUACUGUGACAUUAAAGCAGCCCCUCACUCUUGGCUGUGAUGCCUUUGGUAUUCCCUCCCCUACAAUUACCUGGACUAAAGAUGGUCUUCCUGUCGACGGCCCUGGGUUGUAUUUGCAAAAUGGGAACCGUCUGCUCAGAAUCUACAGAGUCCAGACAGAACAUGCAGGAAUAUUUGUUUGCACUGCUCAAAACUCAGCUGGAGAGGCACAAAGAGAAUAUCGUAUUGUGGUGCAAGCUCCACCAAUGAUCUCAGGAACAUCCAAACUACAAGAUAUAACAGCCGUCCUAGGCCAGGAGGUAGAGUUUCAGUGCAGAGUUAGUGGGCGUCCGGCACCCAUCGUGGAAUGGAGUCGCGACGGAGAAGUACUUUCCCGUGAUGGAGAUCCACAUGUGGAGUUUCUGGAAGAAGGCCAAGUGCUGAAAGUGAAAUCAGCCCAGCUGAGAGAUCAAGGACUUUACCAGUGUCUGGCCAGCAACAAUGCAGGGACACAGAUGCGCCAGUUCAGACUAACAGUGCAAGCUCCUCCGACAAUCAAGGGCUCCGGUGAGACCUCAAAUGUGUCAGUGGUGCUGGGUUUCUCAAUAGUUCUUCACUGUGAUGUAGAAGGUUCACCCAUGCCAAGUAUCACCUGGUUGAAAGACAACCAGCCCAUUGUGUCGAGCCCCCAGCUGACAUACACCCAAAGCGGGCAGGCUUUAAGGGUGGGCUCAGCACAAGGUGACAGCACAGGCCUCUAUACCUGCCGGGCUUCCAAUCCAGCUGGUACUGCUGUCAAGCACUAUUCUCUUAAUGUUCUGGUGCCCCCACAAAUAGAGGGGGACUCAACAUCUUUAGGCACUCGGGAAGAGAAAGUACGAAUCAAUGGCAGUUUAACUCUUUCCUGCCUUGCUAAAGGCUUCCCUGAGCCCAAGAUUGCCUGGUUCAAAGAUGGGCAGAUGUUGACAGGAAGCAACCAUGUUGGCAUCCAGGACAGUGGCGCCUACCUGCACUUAGAAAAUGCAAUGCUGUUCCAUGAAGGUCAGUACACAUGUGUGGUCACCAACUCGGCAGGAGAAGACAAGAGAUACUUCCAUGUUUCCAUCCAAGUUCCUCCGGUCUUCCAUCGCGUGACUAACAGAGAAGCAGCCUGGGGUGUGGAGGACAGGGAGGAUGAGGAGAACGAGGACACGGUGGAGACGCGCGAAGUAGUCCUCGGCCACCCCAUCAGCCUGUCCUGUGAAAGUAAUGCAAUACCACCACCCAAACUAAAUUGGUACAAAGAUGGACAGAAACUCACCAGCGCUGACGGAGCAACAUUACUGCCAGGUGGACAGGUGUUACAAAUUGCUCGAGUUCAGAAAGAGGAUGCAGGAAUGUAUACUUGUGAGGCUGUCAAUGAGGCUGGAGAGGACCACAUGCAUUUUAAACUGGAAGUCUUGGUAUCACCUGUGAUCACGGGGGCGUCAGAGGAGUUUAUGGAGGAAAUAGGAGCAGUGGUCAACAGCACCGUGGCCCUCCAUUGUCAUGUAACUGGGCAUCCGACCCCAGUUAUUUCGUGGCUUCGAGAUGGACAGCCAGUUCACACGGAUUCACUGCAUCUCCUCAGCGAGGACAAGGCACAACUGCAGCUCCUCAGUGUGCAGGUUUCAGACAUGGCUGGAUACCUGUGUGUAGCAGAAAACAAAGUUGGGUCAGUUGAGAAGCUCUUCAGUCUAACUGUUCAAGUACCACCAAGGAUAUUAGGCCCGAAGGAGGAAGAGCUGAGUGUCACCGAGGGUCACAUGGUGUCAUUACUGUGUGAUGUCCAAGCAUAUCCUCCACCAGAAAUUACUUGGACCAAAGAUGGGCAGAUCCUCCACUUCAGUUCUGGUCUCCACAUAUUGCCAGGUGGCCAGAUGUUACAGCUGCCAAGGGCAAGAGUGGAGGAUGCAGGACAAUAUGUGUGCACAGCCUCCAACUCAGCUGGCCAGGACCAAAAGAGUCUACUCCUCAGUGUUUAUGUCCUGCCCACCCUGAGGCCUCGUCUUGAUGCCGAGUCAGAUGUGCUGACCCCGCAGCUUGGCUCCUCUGUAACCCUGCAAUGUGAGGCACAUGGUGUCCCUGAGCCCGAGGUCACAUGGUAUAAAAAUGGACUCCAACUAGUUAAAGGGAAUGGACUGCAGACAGAUCGCCAUCAGCUGGAGAUCACAGGGGUUCAGGUCCGGAAAACUUAUCAAACUCCAAAGUCAUGCCAUUACUCGAUUCAACUGUCACACAUCAAAUCCUUACUUUGGAAAUUGCUUUGCUCCCAGGUGGCAGAUGGUGGCACCUAUACUUGCAAAGUAUCUAAUGUGGCUGGCCAGGUCGACAGGACAUUCAUACUGGCAGUCUAUGUUCCACCUGUCCUUGAUGAGCCUCUCCCAGAGGCCCUAAACUUCACCCUGGGCUCUCACGUAUCCCUUCGAUGUGAGGCCUCGGGGGUCCCUGUGCCAAGCAUCACAUGGCUCAAGGAUGGAACACCUAUUGAAAGUAGCCUGCAGUGGCAGUGGUCUAUUCGGGGGAACCGCCUAGAGUUGGGGCCUCUAACUCUGUCUCAUGCAGGAACUUACACUUGCGUGGCCAAGAACAGUGAAGGACAGGAACAAAAGGAUUACAUUCUUACAGUGCAGGUGUCACCGACUAUUCUGGACUCUGAUCAUCCAUCUGAGGUGAGUGCACCCAUAGGAGAAGAGGCAACACUUGAGUGCAAAGCCGCUGGAAACCCCGUACCUCACCUUAGCUGGCUGAAAGACGGCUCGACUUUGGAAGAGUCAGAUACACGUCACGUUGCUGUGACUCCGGAUGGCAGCACAUUAACUUUACGAAGGCUUAGUCCUGAGGAUUCUGGAACGUAUACCUGCUUGGCUGUCAGUCCUGCUGGCCAGGAGAGCAAGAUCUACACCCUUUUUGUCCUUGUACGACCAUCCAUUUUGGGCGAGACCAUCGAACCGAAAGUGGUGCAGGCCAUACAGGACAGUGCGUUGACUCUUGAGUGCCAUGCUGAUGGAAAUCCUCCACCUCAGAUCAGCUGGCUCAGGAAUGGACAACCCUUACUUUUAUCACCCAAUACACGCCUAAUCUCUGGUGACUCAGUACUGAGGAUUUCUCCUGUGCACUUGUCAGAUGCUGGAAUUUACACAUGCAUAGCUCGCAGUCGAGCUGGUCUUGCUGAGCUUAGCUAUGACGUCCAGGUCCAAGUGCCCCCUGGUGUAGAUCAUGUUGAACCAGUGGAACCAGUGACAGUUGUGAGAGGAUCACUAGUAACGCUUACCUGUGAGGCCCGUGGUGUUCCUCCUCCAACGUUGACUUGGAUGAAGGACGGCCAGCCAAUUUCACUUCACCGGAACUUGUUGCUGGAUGGACAGGAGACACGACUGCAGCUGCCUGAUGUGUCACCCUCAGAGGCAGGCCUCUACAGCUGUGUUGCCAGCAACCAGGCUGGAAGCAGCACGAAGAGUUUUAAUCUCACCAUUCUUGAGCCUCCAAAGAUAUCCAAGUCUGGUGCCCCAGAAGAACUGACGAUUGCAGUAAACAACCCACUGGAGUUGGAGUGCUCUGCAGAGGGAGUACCGCCCCCUACCCUUGUCUGGCUCAAAGAUGGUCGUCCGCUGGGCGGAAACAACAUCAUUCAGGACAAUGGACACAUUCUCACUAUUAGCAAAAUUCAGGUUGAGGAUGCAGGUCUGUACACCUGCUUGGCCAGUAGCCCAGCUGGAGAAGAUGGAAGAAACCAUUGGGUUCGGGUACAAGUCCCACCGACCCUUCUUGGCUCUGAAGAUGUGAGGACGUUGUCAGUACCACUUAAUGGACAUUUGACCCUGGAGUGCCUGGCUGACAGUGACCCCUCUCCUGAUAUAGAGUGGUACAAGGAUGAGGUCGAGAUGCAGCUGGGUGGUCGCAUCCAGCAGCUUGCAGGAGGCCAGUACCUUGAAAUACAGGAUGUCAGACCCGAGGACAGUGGCCAGUACAGUUGUGUGGUUAGCAACAUAGCAGGAAGCACCAGUCUCUUCUUCAUUGUGGAGAUUCUCUUGCCGCCGGUAAUAAAGGAGAGCAGCGCAGUGGUGACAGCUCAUAUAGGCCAGGAUGCAGUUUUACCAUGUGAAGUCGAGGAUGGCACGACUCCUGCAAUCAUAUGGCGAAAAGAUGGCUUCCCGAUAAUCCACGAUAACAACAAGUACACUAUGGUACCAGAAGGCUCCUUACAUGUGCAUCGGGUUCAGUUGAGCGAUGCUGGCCGCUACCACUGCACGGUAUCAAACCAGGCAGGCUCAGACCACCGCGGAAUCGAUCUCAGAGUGUUUGUGGGUCCUUCAAUCAGUCCAGGUCCGUUCAACAUGACGGUCACCACAGGCAUCAGAGCUGUCCUGAGCUGUGAGACAACAGGCAUACCCCCUCCUAAAGUGUCUUGGAGAAGGAAUGGCUCUCCUCUUGAUUCUAGCCAGGGUGCAUACAGGUUCUUAUCUUCUGGAUCCCUGGUAAUUUUAUCGCCAUCCCAUGAGGAUGAAGGUUACUUUGAGUGUACAGCCGUGAAUGAUGUUGGAGAGGAGCGCAGGGUUAUUGAGGUCAAUCUCCAAGUCCCACCGUCUAUUGAAGACGAUGUCACAACAGUCACGGCUGUGAAAAUGUCUCCAGUGGAGUUACCUUGUCAUGUCAAAGGCCGACCUCAGCCCAACGUCUCUUGGACAAAAGGUGGAGCCAAGCUUGGCUCUAGAGGAGGAAGUUAUCGCAUCCUUCCUACAGGGGUGUUGGAGAUAACUGCCGUGUUACCAAGUCACGCCGGCAGGUAUACUUGCUCAGCUCGUAAUACAGCUGGAGUGGCUCACAAACACAUCUCACUUACGGUGCAAGAGUCCCCAGAAAUCAGGCCAAUGGCAGAGGAAGUACAAGUAGUGUUAAAUCACGGGACCAUCCUACCCUGUGAGGCACAAGGAUUUCCUAGACCGUCCAUUACUUGGCAAAGAGAGGGUGUUCCCAUCGCAGCGGGUCACAGGCUGGCUGUGCUCUCAAAUGGUGCCCUCAAGUUUGCUCGUGUUACUCUUGGUGAUGCAGGGCUGUACCAAUGCCUGGCAAAAAAUGAAGCCGGUGCGGCUGUGGGAAGGACCAAACUUGUGCUGCAAGUUCCACCAGUGCUGAGUGUGCCCCGUGUGGAAUACACUGCCGUGUUGGGCCAACCAGUCAGUCUGGAGUGUGCGGCAGAUGGUCAGCCGCAACCGGAAGUCACUUGGCACAAAGAAAGGAGGCCUAUAAUUGACAGUGCACAUAUUUAUUUAUAUGCAAAUGGUACAUUGGCGAUCACUUCUACCCAGCGCAGUGAUGCGGGGACAUACACAUGUACCGCCAAGAAUCUGGCUGGCAGAACCAGUCACGAUAUCAGACUGCUUAUUCAAAUUCCCCCAAUGAUUCUUCCUGGGCAAACAGAGAUGUCGGUCAUUCAAGGAUUUCAGGCCUUGUUACCCUGUGCUGCUCAGGGUUCACCAGACCCCAAAGUAUCAUGGGAAAAGGAUGGUGAAAUUUUGCUCAACAUUCCGGGCAAAUUUACCAUCCUGAGAUCCGGAGAGCUAAUUAUCGAGAGGGCUGAGCCAGGAGAUGCUGGAAUGUUCACAUGUGUAGCCACCAAUGCAGCAGGCUCCACGAGACAGGAGAUUCAUCUGUCCGUCAACAUGCGGCCUGCCUUUAAAGAGCUACCAGGUGAUGUAACCUUGAACAAAGGACAGGAUCUGGCCUUGUCCUGCCACGCUCAGGGAACCCCUGCUCCUGUCAUCUCCUGGACUAUCAACAACAAACCUUACGCAGGUGGCACUGUAGAUGAAGCAGGCAGGAACACCAUCAGCAUCGACAAUAUUACUAUGAGUGAUGCUGGCACAUAUGUGUGUAUCGCGGAAAACAGCGUGGGAUCCAUCCGAGCGCUCUCCUUUGUCCGCAUCAGAGAGCCUCCCGUGCUGAAGGGUGAAGCCCACAUGUCUCAAACCGUCAUUCAAGGUGGCUCGGCUGUGCUCGACUGUCCGGUCCAUGGAGACCCCAACCCCGUCCUCCGCUGGCUCCGAAAUGGAAAACCCUUGCGCCACUCUGUCCGCAUGCAGACACUACACAAUGGAUCAUUGAUCAUUUACAGCAUCACUGUUGCAGAUGAAGGGGAUUAUGAAUGUGUGGCUGAGAGUGAAGCAGGGUCAGCUGAACGGACCAUUACUCUUCAGGUUCAAAUUAAUGGAGGCUAUUCCAACUGGCAAGAGUGGGGUCCUUGUAGUAGCAUCUGUGGUCAAGGCUCCCAGGAGCGCAGUCGACUUUGCAACAACCCAGAACCAGCUAAUGGUGGACGAACAUGCAUUGGGCCCAGUAUUGACUCAAGGACAUGUCAUGCUGGCCUUUGUCCAGGUGAAGCCCCUCGUAAGACCAGAGGCAGCCUAAUAGGCAUGGUCAACGAAAGAGAGUUUGGCGUGUCCUUCCUCGAGGCCAACAUCACAGAUAAUGAAGAGGAAGGCAGCAGCUCUUUGCAGGCCCGUCUUGACAACAUUCCGCCAAGUCUGGGGCCCUUGCUGCGGGUGCUGGUGCCUGUUUUUGCACCUAUCUACUGGACCACUGUGCUUCAGAACGGGCCCACGAGGAAUGGUUACUCCUUCACACACGGCCAGUUCAGGCAGGAGUCUCAGCUGGAAUUUGACACAGGGGAGGUCCUUCGUCUCACCCAUGUUGCCAGAGGACUGGAUUCCGAGGGAGUUUUACUGAUUGACAUUGUAAUCAAUGGAUAUGUACCACCAUCAUUGACAACCUCACAUCUGAGCCUCCAGGAGUUUGAUGAGUCCUACGUGCAGACAGGCCAAGGGCAGAUGUACUCCUGGUCGUCACAGAACCACCAGAGGGGAGGGAGGCCCAUGGUGUUGCGCUGCAAUCACACCAUUAUUUACGAGGGCGAGGAAAAUCGUCAGGGCCCUCUGCUCCAGCUGUUGAAGGUUUCCGGAAUGAAGAGUGUCUACAAUGUGCUUACUCUUACACUGGACUUCCACUUCACUGCCAGCCUUCUCAUACCAGAUGGAUAUGAAGAAAGUUGCCCAAAAGGCUUUGUCCUCGACACAACCUCAUACUGUGCUGAUGAAGACGAAUGUGCCCUUCAGUCUCCCUGCUCUCACUCAUGUAACAACAUCAUGGGAGGAUUUUCCUGUGUCUGCCCUUCUGGCUUUACCAUCUCCACCGAGACCAACGAAUGCCAAGAUAUUGACGAGUGUGCUCAGAGCUUGCACAUGUGCCACUACAACCAACAGUGCAUCAACACAGUGGGCACUUAUCGCUGCCAAGCCAAGUGUGGAGCAGGAUUUAAGCCCAGCAGUUCAGGACACAGCUGCGAAGACGUGGACGAGUGCCGAGAGUCAACUCUAUCACCGUGUCAACAUCAGUGUCUCAACACUUUGGGCUCCUACCGCUGCAUCUGCCACCCCGGGUACCAGCUGUCAGGACACCAAUGCAUCGACAUCAAUGAGUGCAUGAGGAAUGUGUGCCCAGCUCACCAGCAAUGCCAGAACACUGACGGAGGUUACCAGUGUUUCGACAGCUGUCCUGCUGGCAUGACCAAAGCAGAGAGUGGAGUGUGCCUGGAUAUUGACGAGUGUCAGGAUGGAAGUCACAUGUGUCGCUACUCUCAGAUCUGCCAGAACACGAUUGGUGGAUAUGGGUGUCUCUGUCCAAGAGGGUACCGAUCUCAAGGAAUUGGUCUGCCAUGUCUGGACGUUGAUGAAUGCCAGCAGACACCAAGUCCGUGCGCCUCUCAGUGCCGCAAUGUGCCUGGCAGCUUCAGGUGCUUGUGCCCACCUGGAACUGUGCUGCUUGGAGAUGGACGCUCAUGUGCAGGGCUGGAGAGAGGACAGUUCUUCACGAAUGGAACCAGAGUCAGAGCGAGACUUCGGCCGCAGCUGGUGUCAUCCCUCGGCAGGCCGAUUUUGUCUCGUUCUCACGGGGUAUCUCGUAUUACCAGACAGAGUUGCCCUGUAGGAUACACCAGCAGAGACGGCAAAUGUGUUGAUGUGGAUGAAUGUCUGCUGAGGAAGCCAUGCCAACAUGAUUGUCAAAACACCAUUGGAAGUUUCCGGUGUCUAUGUCCUCCAGGCUACCAGCUCCUACCCAAUGGCAGGAACUGUAAAGACACUGACGAGUGCUUAGAGCAAGGCAUUAAAUGUGGAUACAAUCAGAUGUGUUUUAACACCAGAGGAGGAUACCAGUGCCUGGACACUCCAUGUCCUGCAUCCUACCAGCGUGGAAGAAGCCCAGGGACAUGCUACAAGCCGUGCUCUCUGGACUGUGCCACAGGAGGCUCUCCUCUGCUCCUGCAGUACAAACUCCUCACACUUCCCUCUGGCAUACCUGCCAAUCACAACGUAGUGCGGCUGUCCGCUUUCUCAGAGUCCGGCAUCCUGCAAGAGCGCACAUCUUUUAUUAUGCUAGAGCAAGAGUCCGAAACGGGUCUGAUGGGACAGGCAUUUGGCAUAAGGGAUGAAGCAGGACGCGGGACGAUCUACACAAUGCGGCUUCUUGACAGGCCGGAACUCGUGCGGCUCAAAGUGCAGGCCACCACCAUUUCGCAGCAGGGACGUGUGACCUCCCGGAGCAUUUUCAUCAUCUACAUUUCCAUCUCAGCAUUUCCCUACUGAGCAUCUGCUGCUUCACAAGUGACUAGCCCCUAAAAGGCCCCUAGAUACUUUUAAGACAAAGGCAAUACCCCAGAAACCUGAACCUCGGGUGCAUUAUGCCCUUCCAAAGACACCUCAACAUACAGUAUAUGACUAAGUGGACACAGUCGGUCAGACAAGAUUCACCAGUGUAUCCUUAUCUGUGACUGAUAAAUCCUGUAGAUACUGAGAAAUUUAGGACUGAAACACCAACUAAAUAUCGUCAUGGUCGAUAUGCCUGACCAGAGAAAAUUGAAUCUGUCCUUAGCCCUAAAAAUGGAAAGUGCAAUGUAUCAGUCGUUUUAGCAAUAAUAUCAAAAAGUACCAAGCUUAGCUCUUCUGGCAGCAAAGUGAUUCAAGGUCUGGUGGUACUGUUUCUAGUAAAGUCUCAAAAGGACAAAUAAAUGAAACUGUAUAUGUAACUUGAUCUGUUUAAAAAAAAAUCACCAUUAAUGACAAUAGACAACAUUUACAUUAGUAAUUGCCAAUCUGCAAACUUUAAAAAAAACUGACUCUUGAGCCACUUGUCUUAAGUGGCAAAUCAGAAGAGGUGAGUGUAACAAAGUGUAAUUGUGUUGCACUUACGCAGCUUUUUUUGUACUCUGCAUUUUUUGAAUGUACAUAUGUGUUUAAAAGUGCCUUUCUGAAUGUAUUUGAGUGACCUUUAUUGAGGCUGUGACUCACCUGGUGCUACAAAGAGAACCAUUUUGACAGGUAUUGACUGCAUUUACGGGUUGAUUGGUGCAGCUGUAAGUGGCAUGUCUUCCUUCCUUACAUGACAUUAUAAAUAAUGUUGACAUGCAAAAACAGGAAAAAGGGUUAUUUGCAACACGUUUUCCUGUGAAAAAAAAAGGAAUAACGUGUUGAACCUUCUUUCGGGUUAACACACUUUUCGCUGUAAAUUGUAUGUAAGUUGAGUUUUUGCAGAAAUAAAAACAGAUGGUUGUUUA